CGAUUUCAUUUCAGUACAGGAAAUCGGAAGGUUUGUUUACGUGGAGAGAAGUGGCAGCAAUCACUGAUUAUUUUAAACAGCUGUUUAAAAUAGUUAGGUUGGGCUGAAAUGUUUUCUAGUAAUUUAUGAUUUUUGUGUUUGUUUAUUACCUGCACGGAGUUCUUGGAAAAGGAUUCCGCUAGACCAGCCUGAAACUAAAACCAGUGAAGAUGGACGUCAGUGUCUCGGUUUCGUUCUUUCAGGACGAGCUCGCCUCUACCAUCGAGCACGCAGUGAAAGCGGCUGUAGACACCGUUUUGUGUGCAAUUAUUAAAGUUGUCGGCAGCAAAUUCACUGAAUUCCAAGUGGAAAUGGCUGGAAAGGAGAAAGAGAAUGAAAGUCUGAAGCUGAGAUUGGGAAUAUCAGAGCGCGAGCUGAAAGCUGCGCGAGGGUGUAUAAACGCUGCAGAUGCAGACAUUAAACAACCUUUAAUAUUUCAAGAUCCCAAAGAGAGUCACACUAUCCCUGAAUCUGAGGCACAGGAGGGGCCAAAGAUAGAAGCAGUUUACACACAAGAGGAGUCCUUUGACCAGGAGUGGUGUGCAAGUCUAAUGCAGGUUACAGGGCUGGCAUUUGUUAAAGAUGAAGAGGUCUCUCAACAGAAAUGUGUUCCUAUUAAAGAGGAAUUCCUAGAGCAGGAAUGCGUCCCCAUCGCAGAGGAACUUCCUCAUGAAAAAAAUGUCUGUACACUUGAGGAGAACAAGAAGCUGGGAUCCAACCUGUAUGAUAAUUCUCCAUCUGAAUUUGAACUGGGAUUUAGAGCUUCUAAAGUAGAUGAAGGAGAACACGACUCCACUCCAUCACCCCAGUGCAAAAACUCUUCUAGAGGCAAAUCACAGUGCAAGAAACACAGAGAAAUUACACCCCAAGAAGAAAAUGUGAAGACAUUAAGAACUAACUCAGUUAAAAUUCCUUCUUUACAAGACAGACAGCCACUUACGGUGGAGAGUACAGAUACUGGGCAUUUUUUAUGUUUUAACAAUUCUGAAACCCAGGGCAACUUGAAGACCUUGCCUCAUUCUUUUAAAGAUGGGAAGAGUUUCUGUCAAUUGGACUUUCCUAAAACUCACAAGGGAAAUCCCACAGGAGGGACUGCCUUUUCCUGGGCUGAUUGUGGGAAGAGUUUCAAUCAUAUAUCACUGCUUAAAAGACACCAGCGCAUUUACACAGGAGCGAAACCUUCCCACAUACAGUACAGUGAUAAGAGUUUCACACAGUUAGGAAAUCUUCAUUUACAACAGCACAUUCAUGUAGGAGAAAAAUCGUAUCACUGCUCUGACUGUGGGAAGAGAUUCAGUCACUUAGGAAACCUUAAAGUCCACCAGCGUAUUCACACAGGAGACAAACCUUAUCACUGUUCUGUUUGUGGGAAGAGAUUCAGUCACUUAGGAAACCUUAAAAAACAUAAGCGCAUUCACACAGGAGAGAAACCUUAUCACUGUGCUGUUUGUGGAAAGAGAUUCAGCCAGUUAGGAAACCUUAAAAGACACCAUAAAAUUCACAUAGGUGUGUAAUCCUAUCCCUGCUCUUAAUGUGGGAAGAAGUUAAGUUAGUUGCUGGCUCUUACAGGACUUGAGAAUAUUCUCAGAAUUGCAGACACUUGGGGACACGUAAACAACAGGAGUACAUUUGACUAAAUACAGAAAUAUUUACUGAAAACAAAAGAAUAAACUUGCUUUAUAAAUAGGGUCACCCCUAAUCACAAUUUAUUCAGAUCAAAAACUUGCAGACAAAAAUAUGAAUGACUACAUCUUGUAUUCAAUCUUUUUGAGCAUUUGUGUUGUGUUACGUCACAUUAGUAAUAUAUUAAAUAGAUUGUUAUGUAUGCAAGUCUCUCUUUUCUCAUGCAUUGCUUAGCUUCUUGCAGUGGGUUCUGUGGAAACUUCCCCAAUACUGAGGUGAGUCUGCGGUACCUCAAGGCAAAGCACAGUAUACUGCAGUUAUCAUGCAGGCAGCUUGAAGUGUAAAAUCAAUACUGCUUCCAGCUGGGUGCAUCAGAGAGCUUUUAGGACUUGAAUGGGCUGUAUAGAAUUGCUUCUUCACAAGAUGAUUUCUGCUCAGGAUGUGUUUAAUACUCUCUCUCUCUUGGGUACUCUGUGAACAGGUAGGCUACUGUGUUUUUAAUAACAAUUUGCUGAUUGGCAAUGAGACCACUAAAGUGAAAAAAAAUGUAUAUUAAAAAAUGUUUUGCUGCCUGUAUUAAAUGUUAUUUUAAAUGUU